ACCUGUGUUGGCGAAGUGAGGAUGUAACAUAAAGAUUGCCAUUCCUCACGAGCGCAUACAUAAAUAUGUGCGUUCAAUGCAUCUGUAAAAGUUACAUAUCUGAAAACCAUUGUACAUACCUUCGUACUAGAACAGGAAUCAAGUUUGGGCGCUACUACUUUGACACGAUGACACAGUUGUUGUAUCAAAACAUGAUCCUCCUGUGAAUGAAGCCUUUUAAAUGAAAGUUUACACCUUGUUUAGAGCGAUUGAACGCAACUUGUCAGCCAGCAAGGAAACUAGACUAACGAAUCUGAUGGAUCUUCCGAAAUUUCUCUACAUGUUAAGAUUAUUUCUUAGAAAUUCACCGUAACUGGGAGUGCCGCUAGACCGCGGUUGAACAUGCUCCGGAAGGAUUGGACCGAAUUUCACGUUAUACAUAUACAAGAAAAAGAUUGGUUUUUUACUUUUCAAAAGAAGAAUGCUACCAUGAACGAUUUAUCUAAAAUCUUACGGAUCUUACGAAUUCUUCGUAAAUAACAUGUGAACUUUCAAUUAAGGAGGACUCGAACAAUGCCUUUAAUGAAACUAGCAUGAAAAUGUACCGCGAUGUUAAGUGGCCUCUGUGAUGUAUUGCGAACGAUGCUUAACCUAACUUUUCAGUCGACGCUCCGACACGGCGUUUUCUUGCGAGUACUACAUAAUAUUCUAUCGAUAACGAACUCGUAACCAAACGGACGUAAAUCACGAAAGAUUGUCAUUUCUUUUAUAUUUUCGUUCUUUUUCCUUCUUCGAUGGAUCAAGUGCCGUUCUCGUCUUUUCCGCGUUCUUCUGUGUAUCUAAUUUAUCGUAGAACAUGAGACGUGAUCGUAAUUUUAUAAAACUGAAAAUACUUUUUAUUAACUGUACCCUCGAUUUUCUCGUGGAACAGUAUAAAGGUUAAUUUGACAGUAUUUCUGCAAAUAUGUUCUUAACGGUUUUACGUCUAACGUUUAUGUUCAAAUUGAAAUGCAGGUUUAUUUAUAUUUUUUUUUCUCUUCGACCGUGAUUUUUCUACCACUUGCCAGUGCCUGUAUAAGACGUGUCUCUUAAUACUCGUUACAAGAAUAUGAGUAGUAAAAUAUAUUUGUACAUAUAUAUAUACACAUAUAUAUAUGUUUCAUCGCUUGUACAUAAUUGGUGAUCCAUCUCCAGACUUUGAUAAAUUUUUUAUAGCAAAGGUGAUGGGUACAACCUGACAUUUUAUUAUCUCAACCUUAUCCGCGUGAAAAACUUACCCGCAUACUAUGGUAUGCGGUUUCUUUAUCCUUGUAUUUAAUUUUGAAUCGUGUUGUGCGUGAAUUUUAUCAAGUUCCACUUUUGUGAAAGUUAUGUACUAAUUAUUGCAUCGAACCGGUGAUGGUUACAGUGACAUUAUUAUAAAAAUUGUAAUAGCAUGGCAAACCAUCGCGAAAGAAGAUAUAAAGCUCCAUGAGUUGGAUAAUAGAAAGGACACAUGCUCUGGGAAUUAAUGGGUAUAUGCUUUUCCUGCAGGAGACCUACAGGCAGCAGGUUAAAUAAUAAAAUCUCAGAGCAUAUCUCAGCAUCGGUAACACCCCUCCAUGUUUGUCUGGAGGAACAAAGAGGACCAGAACUGGGCUCUUGCGACGCCUCGGCUUGUAGGCCACAGGCGCAAAGGUUAUUUGAAACGCAGGAAUCAGAAGAAAGGUGUGGCGAAGAAGAAGCGGAGAGUGAAAUCAUUGGAACUGAGGAAGAAGAUUUGAAAUUUAGUCAGCUGAGUAUGGCCAACACUAUCAGUAAUAUGAAGAUGACGAAUCGUAUCAAGGGGCUUGUAAGCAAACGUCGUAAGCGGUUUACAGAAGAUGGUUUUGACCUUGAUCUCACGUAUAUAAGGGAUAAUUUAAUAGCAAUGGGUUUUCCAGCUGAGAAAUUAGAAGGAGUAUAUAGAAAUCACAUAGACGAUGUUGUUAAAUUGUUGGAAUUUAAACACAAAGAUCAUUAUAAAAUUUACAAUCUAUGUUCCGAAAGGUCGUAUGAUUUUAAGAAAUUUAAACAAAGAGUAGCCACUUAUGCGUUUGAUGAUCAUAAUCCACCGAUGCUGGAUCAGAUCAAACCGUUCUGCGAGGAUGUAGACGAAUGGCUUUCUCAACAUCAAAAGAACGUAGCGGUAGUUCAUUGUAAAGCGGGUAAAGGUCGAACAGGUGUAAUGGUUUGUUGUUACCUUCUUCAUACUAAACAAUUUCUCACUGCCACGGACGCUCUUAACUUCUAUGGAACUAAAAGGACACACGAUAGGAAGGGUGUAACAAUACCUUCUCAGAGGAGGUACGUGGAUUAUUAUGCUACUCUUGUCCAAGAGAGAUUGAAUUAUCAACCGGUUACAUUAUUAUUGCGAAGAAUCCAAUUAGAUCCAGCGCCCAUAUUUCACGGAGGUCAAGGAUACUUGCAUUGCGUUAUAUCGGAAUCGAAGAAGAGGAUAUUUAGUUCCGACAUAGUGGAAGUACGAAAAGGAAUGCAUUGUGUUAGUAUUCCGUUGAAACACAGCGUACCGUUGACGGGUGAUAUUCGAGUCGAUUUCUUUAACAGACCAAAAAUGAAGCGAAAGGAGAAAUUGUUUCAUUUUUGGUUCAAUACCUUUUUCGUGCGAGAUUACUUAACGUCAACGUCAGAGUACGAUAACGGAGAGUUACCAGUUGAACGUUCGACAAGGGCAUUGAGUUGCGACGGUACAACUAUGGAAUUACCAAUGGUUAUGUCGCAUAUGAAACCCAGGGCUGGAUCGUUAGCUAGUCUCGGACCUAUGCCACCCACUCUUCUUUUAAGCAUAGAUAAAUGGGGUUUAGAUGACGCACACAAGGACAAACAAAACAAAGCGUACAGUGCAGAUUUCAGGGUUAGCUUAUUUAUGGAUCGAAUGGGUGGUAGCGGUGUGUCAGCUACGACGAAUAGAACAGGAGAAAUAGGAAUGGGAGGAACAGGUAUACAGAUAGGAGGAAUGGGCGGACAAGAAAGCCCUAGCGAGUCCAGCGAAGCGGACAGUAGCGAAUGUGACACGACCGGAGAUACAACGGGUGAUGAAGAUGGGGAAUCUGUGGACAUGGACCAGCGUGUUGGCCGAUACCGCCUUCUCUCAGACGGAGGAAUGAUAGAUGUUUUGUGAGCGCAUCACCAGUCAUCCUCGUACAUCGAUUUUGCUCUCCUUUGUAUACCGUUGCGCGAACAUUACAAACUCGACUAUCCAUCGAAUCAAUCUAUCGAGAUAAUUGAUCGCGAUCGGACAAACCUUUUCCUCCUUUUACGAUUAACGAUUAAACUUUCACGGAUUAACGAAGGCUAAUUUCACACGACGUUACUUUCUUCCUUUAUCGACGACUACCUUUUGCUCCGUUUGAAUAGUAUUGUAUGGAACAUCGUUCACACUGGCAAAUGCCAUUUUUCGUCGUUUUGCGCUUAUUUUUCGCAAGUUUGCGUCCUAUAGUUUUAGCAGAAUUUAUAUUUUUAUAAUAGACAAUGUUUUUAUACACUCAUCUCAUCGACGAGCUUGUAAAUUCUCUGAACCGCGUACACACCAUAUAUGGUUCUGAAUCUCGGAAAAAAUGUGUUAACGUUCAAAGAGAGAAAUUUCAAGCUCAGCUUUUUAACGAUAUACGUACGUAUGUAUGUGCUUUCUGUGUAACGUUUGUCCUUUCUUAUUGCGCCGAUGAAUGCAAAGCGAUCUUUUCCUAACAACGCGAAAGUUUAGUCGAGUUGUGCAGCUUCGUAUAUAAACGCUGACUUGUGUUUCGAAGGAAUGUCCGCGUUGCUCUGUAGGCUAAUCAAGGAGAUGCGCUUAUAUAGAUUAUGGAUCCAGAUGAAAUAAUGCUGUAAAAAAUGGCAAGACUAUUUUCGUAACGUUAAUAAAUUGUAAGUCAAUAAUAGUAAGAAGAAGAGGAAGAGGAGGAGGAAGAAGAAGGAGAAGAAGAGGAGAAAGAGGAAGAAUAACGACAAGAACAACGUGAAAAACAGCGUCAAAAACAAGAGCAAGAAGAAGAAGAAGAAGAUGAUGAAUAGGAAGAGCAACGAACAAGGAAGAUGACUGUAAAGAUAAUAAUAGCGAUAAUGAUAUUGGUAACGAGGUCGAUUUAGAAGGAGAAUGAGAAUGAGAAUUUCGUUACUACUUAUCCUUCGUUCGAUAACCGGUGACAUUUAUCGUUUACCUUUACGUUAACUUUCUUUCCUUCGUAGAAACGAUCGGGUUGAUACGAUUGCGUUUCGCGAUACACGAACGAUUCGUUCAACACCGCCGCGCCGCGUAGCUUUAUAUUUUUCUAUGAAAAUCGACAAGCUUUUCCGCACCAUAUAUAUGGGAAUGUGUAUAGUUCACAAACGAUUAUCUACUCGACGAAACUGAAAGAGAAAAAUCGCGUAACGAAGGAAAAGGAAGCAAACGAUGAAAAUAAGAUACAGUAUGUACAGUGUCGUCGGAUAUCCAAGCUAACGAGAAUCAAUUCGAUUCGCUUUACCAUCUUCCCCUCUGUUUUAACCGAACAUUCUCAGAAGAAACGUGCGACGCGUAGCUUUCAAUCGUUUAGCGGCCGAUUUUCGAGCAGAUCUCGUUAUGAAUCGUCUUUGUAUCGGCAAACUACGGGUUGGAUUUCGAAGGAACGUUUCACUUUGCACCCGUCUCUCGAAUAACAAAUGAUUUUCGUCGAUGUUAAUUUUAUAUUGGAUGAAAAGCGUGAAAAGGGUGGAGGAGGAGGAAGAGUAGCAUGGUUUCUGACGCCGUCCUUUUCUAACGCGUAGCUUCUACAUCGCGAUAAAACGUGCGACUGAUCGUUUACUCGAAUUCUCGCAUUGUGCAUCGAUUUUAUUCGCGUUUCUUCCUCUCUCCCUCUUUCUUCUGGUUGCGAAAGUUUAGGAAAAACGAGGGUUGCAAUCGUAAACUUGACGCGAUUAUAGGAGGUGGGCUGGACAGUUGAGCGAUAAAAAUGUUAGAACGGAAGCUUAGUUAGUUUCCUGAUAAAUUCGAACUAAUCUAAAGCAAAAUUAUUCGCGCGUCGAUCGUUUAUGCUGAAACCGGAAAAUCGUGUCGCAUUGAUAAAAUAGUAAAACAUCACCGAAACGAGAUCUGGCCGAAAUAAUGAAAGGAAGAGAGUGAGAGAGGGUAAAAAAAAAGAGAAAAGGUGGAUAGAAG